AUGGACUCCUCCUUACCCCAUGAGCAAGAAAGCAAUCGAGUUCAGAGGGAAUCUUCAAUCUUUGAUCUACCCCAGUAUGUAAUAAGCUAUAAUGAUGAUCAUACUUUACGAUGGGAUCCUCCAGCGGGGUCUAAAGAAUUAUCUAUCGCCCUAAGUUAUCAUUUCCCACUGGAGAAGGACCUUGGAAGCAAAAUGCAAGCUGCCACUAGGAAGUUUCUUCGAAAUGAACGACAAAAGACAGCAUCGGAGGACUCCAAGAUCAAUGGAAUCUCUGAGACUAUGGGUCUCGAUGGUUUGCCACUACAUUUGAAUACAGAAAAUCAGGUCACGCGACCAGACGUGAAAGUACCAGAUUCAUCAUCACAUGUCAAAUCUAAAUCAUUGGCGUCCCAUCGUAUUUCGAUGCCGGAAAGUAGAACCAUUCAAUUCUUAACGUGGGAUGCCGAUAUGAAGGAGUUCAGUCCCAAAAUAAAGAAGAGACGAUACGACAAGGAAGAGCGAGUGAAGGUUGCCGCCAAUAGAGGAUUUGCAUGUGCUAGGCAUAGAAGACAGAAGAUGAAGUGUGAUCCGGAACGAUGUUCAAGGAACAAACAACGGUUGAGUAGUUUAGAAAAUAUGGCCGCCAAAGUGGAGGCCCAAUCGACUCUAGACAAACGACAUUCUUCCUUCAUUCCAGACCCCGAAACUGCAAGUCAAAUAAACUCCACGAUAGACACCGAGACACUCACUGUGAACUCAUCACCUUCUUUAGAUACAUCGCCAAGGUGGACAACCUCUUCUUUCGUGGAUCCUGCAACGCUCUACAAAUUAGAGGGUUUCCACACGAGCGCUCAGUCAUUGGAUUUUCCUACACCUUCUCUCGAAUACAGUUCGAGAUCACAUGACUCCAUCGGGUCAGUGCUAUCUACAAGUUCAGAUGUGAACUUUCUCGCGGGCUAUGACGAGAUGAAUUUCGAUAUUCCUAAUUACGAGACUUAUCAUUGGUGGCCACGAAAUGAGCAAUUUGAUCCCGUUGGCUCUACAUUCAAUGAUCUCAUGCCAAUCGACCAACCCAUCGCGAUGUCGAAUACCUUGCAAAUGGAGACAUUCCAACUCGAAGAUAAACAGUUUCCCACAUUCAAUCAGCCUUCAAUAGAACCUUCAGACCAGCAGCUAGAAUGGUCUCAAAAUAUGAAUGUUCCAGAACAAAGUUAUAUUAUAGAGCCCUCCUCUACCCCACUCCGCCCAUCUUCAAGUCCGAUGGAAAAUACGACAACUUUAACAGAAGUAAAUCGUCACUGUCAACAAGACCUAAUGGAAUGGGAAUCAGUCCGUCCAUCAAGUGUCACUCAAACAUAUUUCACCAACAACCCAGUGAAACCAUUGACAGACGAAGAAAAGAGAACACUCAUCAAAUGGUGGGGUAGGGAUAGAUCUUCCGAGCAGCCGGAGAGCAUUCGUGGUAGACAGAGUUCACAUGAAAGUCAGCCAUCUAAUGGCGAUGUUACCGGAGUUGAGACACAAUCUAACAUGGGUGUGGGGAAGAAAGCCAGUCUUAGAGAGAAGGUUAAGACUGCCACAGUUCAUGUAGCACCGUUUCCCAGGGGUUUGUUUAGAAGUCGAUCCGCGGGAAAGGAUAAGAAGCCGUAA